ACACAGAGGCCCAGAGGACAGGUUGGAGGGACAGGACAGCAUUCAGAGAGCGAGAGAGAGAAACACAGACUUUAAACUUCUGGAGUUUCCAACAACAGGCCAACCCCUCAGGCAGAGGGAGAAAACACAGAGGCGAAAGAAGAGGAAUGAGAGAGCUGAUUAUCUAGAAAGGGUGCAUAGCUCUGUGACUGUGGGACUGUGUCUUUGGGAGCCUGACCGUUUGGAUCCAGCCUGGAUUGGAAUUCCUCCGGAGCAAGUUCAAUGGGGAUUACGGCUGGAUCUUGUUACAGAUAGCGGAUGGCGAUGACAGCCCUGUUCCGCAUGAGAUGGGGACAUAAACCUCAAGUGGUCCAGACCAAAAGUCAGACGCCAGUGGCCCGUCUGCCCAGCGAGGAGGAUGACGACGAAGAUGACGAGACGUUGACAAGAGCUCCGAUUCGCAGGAAUUCCCGCUUUUACCGCUCAAUGAGAAAGAAAAAGCUGUCUUCUUCUUCAGAACAACAAGAAAGCCCCUCCUCCUCUCCUAAACCUGCAGUGGAUCCUGACUCCUACAGGCUCAGCCCAUCUGCAGCGAUACUACGCUCACCCUCUCCCACAAUGCAAAAUCCACUUUUUCGCUCUGGAAUCUCGUUGCCGAGCAACGGGAUUGCUGUGCUGGGAGGAGCUCGCUCUCGGUCUCCGUUGGCGAUGCCGGGAGAUCGGUCGCGUAGACAAGAGAUGGAAGAGCUGAGUGAACGGACGACAAGUGCCUGCACUAUGCAGGACAAAGACACACACACCACUGCCGACCCUGACAACAUCACACUCCGGCCGGUGAGGAAUGGUGACAGUCCGCAGAAGAUGGCAGUAGAGAAUUCCUGCCGCAAUCUCAACAUCGUGAAGCGUGUCGACGUGUUGUAUCAAGAGUACCGCGACACCUCUAAGCAGCAGGAGAUCGAGCAGCGUCGACAGAGAGAUGGGCUUCCGACUGCGGGGUCAGGGGUCACGGCUGCGCCUGCGUUGCAGCUGCAGUUGAGGAACAGCACGCAUUCACUGAGCCUCUGGCAAAACCUGGAUAUCGUGAAGGACAGUGGACACCUGCAGACACUGGAGCCAAAGGAGAUUAUACUGCAGGAGGCCAUGUUUGAACUGGUGACUUCUGAGGCGUCGUACUACAAAAGCCUGGAGCUGCUGGAGACACACUUUCUGCGCAACCCUCUGCUUGUCAACACUUUGAGUCAGUCUGACAUGCACUUCCUGUUCUCAAACAUUGAGGACAUCAUGAAGGCAAGCGAGAGGCUCCUCAUGGAUCUGGAGCACAGGAUCGAAGAGUCCAUCCUGAUCUCAGACGUGUGCGACAUUGUUUAUUAUCACGCUGUUAACCACUUCCAAGUCUUCAUCAGCUACGUCAUCAACCAGGCGUACCAGGAGAAGAACUACCGACGGAUACUACAAGAAAACGCUCUUUUCCGAGAGAAAAUAUCCAUCUUGGAGAAUCAGCCGAAAGUGAAGGGCCUCUCGUUCACCUCCUUCCUCAUCCUCCCCUUCCAGCGAAUCACACGGCUCAAGCUACUUGUUCAGAAUAUUCUGAAGAAGGUGGAGGAAAACUCUGACAGAGAAAAGACGGCCAUAUUGGCACAUCAGGAGUUGGAAAGGAUUGUGAAGGAGUGCAAUGAAGGUGUGAGAAAGAUGAGUCGCACUGAGGAGCUGAUCAGCAUUGAGAAAACUCUUGAAUUCAAGUCAAAGUCAGUGCCGGUGAUUUCCCACUCUCGCUGGCUGCUGAAGAAGGGUGAGGUGCAGCAGAUGUCUGGACCCAAGAGCACUCGGACAAUGCGCAGCCGCAAGCUCUACCACCCCAUUUACCUGUUCCUGUUCAAUAACCUGCUGCUCAUCACCAAACGCAGCUCCAGUGGAGAGAAGUACCAGGUCCUGGACUCGUGCACUCGCUCCAUGCUGAGGACUGAAGACCUGGAGGACCAGGGUCAGAUGCUGGCCUCGGUGUUCGUGUUGAAGCUGCUGGAGAACCAGGAGGACAGGGAAGUCAGCUACAUGCUCAAGAGUGAAAGCAUAAGCGAUAAACUGCGCUGGAUAUACGCUUUGACUCCAAACCGCCGUACGAGAUUCCUCUCAACCAGCACUCACCAGCCAGAUUCUCCGCAGGUUCAGUGUAUCCAGUCGUACUCCUCUCAGGAACCGGAUGAGCUCUCUGUAGAAAUGGCUGAUGUGCUUCACAUUCUGGAGUGUACAGAUGAUGGCUGGAUGUUUGGUGAAAGGUUGCACGAUGGAGAAGAGAGGAUGGUUCCCCACACGCGUGUGGAGAAGAUCCUGAGCGAAGAAAUUCGGGCUCAGAACCUCAAAGAGUGUCAGCGUAUCCAGCAGGCUCAGGAAGUGGCGCAGGGGUCCCGGGCCGCCUCCAGGGGCGCCGGGCAGCCAAAAGCCCCCAGUACACUCCCACCUGGACUGACCUGUAGAAAUGACAUCACUUAACCACCACCAUCCGUUCUCCUGAUUCCUGACCCGGAAGUGACGUCUCCUCGAUGUACGGUGGACUGAUAGUCAUUCAUGUGUCCAGUGUUUUAUUGAG